AUGACGUUGAACGAAGCCACGUGGAUGUCGCUGGACAUUUCCCCUGACGGAAAAACAGUGGUUCUCGAAGUGCUUGGAGAUCUGUAUCUGUUACCCGUCGAGGGCGGCACAGCUACACCGCUCGAGGUAGGUCUGCAUUUCGACAGUCAGCCGCAAUAUUCACCUGACGGAAAGUCUCUGGUUUUCAUCAGUGACCGUGAUGGCUCUGAAGAAGUCUGGGUGCUCGAUCUCGAGCAAGACUCAGCACGACAGUUGACCACCAGCAACGAUCGACUGGAGUACGCCUCUCCCACCUGGUCACCGGACGGCAGGCAUGUGCUGGUUUCCAGAAGCACUUUUGAUGUUGGAACGUUUGAGUUGUGGGCUUUUCCUAUCGACGGUGGAUCAGGCGUGCAGAUCACCAAAGCUAAACCCAAGUCGGAUACGCCGCGGGCGCAAAGACACAAUGCGCUCGGGGCGGUUUACGACCCAAGUGGUCGUUAUCUGUAUUACGCCCGCAAAACAGGGGGGUUUGGCUACAACAUGGGUUUCCCACUGUGGCAGAUAGCACGAAAAGAUCUGCAGACCGGUGCGGAAGACAUCAUUACCGCUGCGCAGGGCAGUGCAAUCCGCCCGAUUCUGUCUCCCGACGGGCAACAUCUGGUGUACGGUACGCGUCACGAACAGCAGACGGGCCUGCGUAUACGUAACCUUGUCAGUGGUGCAGACAGCUGGCUGGCUUAUCCUGUUGUUCGGGAUGAACAGGAAUCGAGGUUUACCCGGGACCUUCUGCCUGGCUACGCGUUUACGCCGGAUGGUCUGGCUGUGCUCGCUCAGAGAGACGGCAAACUUUUACGAAUUGAUCUUCAGGACCGCUCUACCAGCACCAUUGAUUUUGAAAUCAAUGUUGAAAAGGAAAUUGUCGAACGGUUGGCGUUCAGUUACCGAGCCGGCAUGGGUCCGGUAAAAGCGCGCAUUUUGUCUGACGCGGCUGUCGCACCGGAUGGCAGCGCUGUGGCUUUUUCCGCCUUCGCGAGGAUUUAUGUGUAUCGCUUCAGGAGCGGUAAGGUCGAAGCGGUCACGCCCCAGGGCCUGAUUGCGGCCAUGCCAGCCUGGUCGCCGGACAGUGCUUUUCUAGCCUACGUAUCCUGGGCUGACGAUGGUGGCCAUAUUUACCGCACCCGGCCUCGGGCAGGUGGUAAACAAAGACAACUCACACGCGAUCCGGGCUUCUAUUCCUCACCUGUCUGGUCCGCCGACGGUAAACGGAUUGUUGCAAUGCGCAGUUCGAGUCAGGAGCGUCAGGUCAGAGCCAGUCAGAUCGGACCAGGCGCUGCCGCAGAUAUUGUUUGGCUGGACAGUAAAGGCGGUCCAACUCAUCUGGUGACACCGGGCCGCGGUUACGAUCGACCUCAUUUUGGACCCGAGCCGGAUCGGAUUUAUCUGCAGACCAGCCGACCUCCGUCGCCGGGUAAGUCUCGAGCCGGAUUAGUCUCUCUGCGGUUUGAUGGCACGGAUCGUCGCGAUGUUCUGGCAGUCAGUGGCCCGGGUGUCUUUAAUCGAGGAGAAGAUGUAGGCGCGGAGAUGAUGCAGAUCUCACCUGACGGCGGGUAUGUUCUGUUCAAACAAGCCGGCCAGGUUUACGUGGUGCAGUUGCUGGCUUAUGUCCCGCUGCAGAAGAUCUCGCUCAACAAACCCCAGUUACCCCUGGUGAAAUUAACGGAUGUGGGCGCUGAUUUUAUUGGUUGGGCUGAUGCUGGCAACGCGGUGUAUUGGAGUGUCGGUAAUCGUCUGUAUCAACGCAGUCUUGCAUCCCUUGAAUUCCGGCAGGAGACCCCUGAAGAAGACUCAGCAGGUGAACCCUCUGAGUCUGCUGAGGCAAAUAACGAAGCCAAUGUCCUGCUUGAAGAACAUAGUGCAGUUGAGCAGACCGAUAUAGACGUGUAUCUACCUCGCUAUAAACCCGAUGGCAUGAUUGCGCUGACGGAUGCCACAGUUAUCAGUUUGGGUCCCGCGGGCGUCAUGGACGAUGCGGUUGUGCUGAUUGAGGGUGACCGAAUUGUCAGCGUGGGUAACCGUGCGCAGAUCGACGUGCCUGAUGAAGCCAGCACUGUCAGUCUCAACGGUCGCUAUAUUCUGCCGGGAUUUGUUAACACCCAUGCUCAUUUUCGCAGUGCCCGAGGCGUGCCCACCCGGUCUAAUGCUUCAUUUCUGGCGAGCCUGGCAUAUGGCGUGACGACAGCUAUUGAUGUUCAGCCUGCCACGGUUGAUCUGUUAACCGAUCAGGAUCGUGUUGAUGCAGGUCUGAUGAUGGGUCCGCGGGCCUUCACUACAGGCCCGGGUAUUUUCAGUGAUAACAACUUUUCUUCCAAAUCCCAUGCGCUUGCGGUGUUACAGCGAUACAAAGAUCUCUAUCGGGUGAAUAACAUAAAAGCCUACGUGUCCGGUUCCCGCAAGCAGCGACAAUGGUUGAUUCAGGCAGCACGCGAUUUAAAGCUGAUGCCCACGACAGAAGGUUACCUCGACAUGAAGGUUGAUCUGACCCAUGUCCUGGAUGGUUUCAGUGGUUUGGAACACAACUUCCCACUGCCCACGUUAUACGAUGACGUGGUGAAGCUGACGGCAGCAUCGCAGAUUGCCUAUACACCUGCAUUGCUGGUCAACUACGGUGGACCCUCCGCGGAAAACUGGUUCUAUACCCAACGCUCACCCCACGAUGAUGCCAAGUUGCGCCGUUUUACGCCUUACCGGGAUCUCGCCGCGCGCACCUUGCGCCGCAGCUGGUUUCACGAACGUGAAUACAUCUUUGCCGAAGCCGCCCGAUCAUCGCGUAAGAUUUAUGAGGCAGGUGGGCAGGUAGGUAUUGGCGGACACGGUCAGCUGCAGGGGCUGGGGUAUCAUUGGGAACUCUGGGCAAUGGCCACUGGCGGUUACACUAAUGUGCAGACGCUGCAGCUGGCUACCAUUGGUGGUGCUCGUAUGUUGGGUCUCGGGCAGGAUCUGGGUUCCAUUGAAGAGGGUAAGCUGGCAGACCUGUUGGUUCUGGAUCAGGAUCCACGAACCGACUUAAAACAUACUACAGCGCUAAACUAUGUCAUGAAGGGAGGGGUGCUCUAUGAGGCAGAUACCCUCAACCAGGUCUGGCCAGAAGAAAAGGUCCUGCCGGAGCAAUGGUGGUGGCAGUCCGAAGACUUUUAUACCCUGCGAGGGCAGAAAAUGCUGGCUUCGGCGGGGCAGGAGUCUGACGUCGGAGGCGCAGUGGACGCCUGCCUGCAACAGGGCGUAGAGCCGGUGCCGAUAUUAUUUGCAUCCACCCAGCCUUCGGGCACGGUGGCGCGCGCGGCUUACGAAGAUUUCAAGGAAGAAAUACUUGCCGGCCUGGCCGCGGCCGGCCCACUUGAUGGCUGCGUGCUGUUGCUGCAUGGCGCCGGCGUGGUUGAUGGCAUAGAGGACCUGGAGGGAGAUCUGGCCCACGCGGUGCGUGGUGUGCUUGGUAAUAUUCCGAUAACCGCUUCUUUUGAUCUGCACGGUAAUGCCACCCAGUUUAUGGCAGACCAGCUGAACGGCAUUUUUGCCUGUCGCGAGUAUCCGCACAUCGAUUUACAUCUUCGCGCCGCAGAUGCUGUUGAAGCUAUCCGAGAAAUGCAUGAACGUGGCGUUAAUGCGGCAUGUCACCUCGUAGCACUGCCUGUUUUAAUGCCUACUACAACCACCUUUGAAGGUGCUGGGAAGGAUACCCUGGCAGAGUUGCUUGAGCUGCAAAGCCGUACACCCUGUAUAGAUCUGAGCUGGUUCCACGGCUUUCCGUAUACAGACGUAGCCCAUGUUGGCAGUUCUGUUGUAGCGACCUGUUAUCCGGAGCAGCUCGAACCGGCUAAAGCUGCAUUAGCCGAAUUUGCUCAACACCUCUGGGACAAUCGGGAACUGUUCCGCGCGCGCUCACUAAGUGCAGAGGAAGCCCUGGAAGAAGCCAAGCAGGUGGGUAGUUACCCAGUGGUGAUUCAUGAAACUUCAGACAAUUGUGGUGGCGGGACCCCUGGGGACGGUACCCAUCUGUUGCGGGCGAUGCUUGCUGACGGCUUAGGCAAAGAGGCCUGUUUCGCCUUUCUGGUGGAUCCGCAAACCGCCGCGCAGGCCCACAAAGCCGGCGUUGGCGCCACCCUGCAGAUCAAACUGGGUGGUAAAACCGACAAGCUGCAUGGUGAACCUAUAGAGGCCGCCGCGUACGUCAAAGCGCUACACGAUGGUCGCCUGAUCAUGCAGCAUAUGUUCCGGGGUGCACCGAUAAAUCUUGGUCUAAUGGCGCGUCUGGUGAUCGAUGAUAUGGAUGUUGUGGUUGCGUCCAAGCGCAGUCAGACCUUCGAUCGUGAACCCUUUCUAGCGGUGGGUAUUGAUGUACAUAAAUACAAGUACGUCGCGCUGAAAAGCAGUAACCACUUCCGCGCCGGAUUCCAACAUCUGGCAAGCCAGAUCGUUACCGCAGACACACCUGGUUUAACCACACAUCAGAUUGAGAUUUUUCCGCGUGUCGGUCCGGGGACGGGUAGUGCUCUGGUAAAAACCUUCUGUCAGGAUUAUGAGGUGGCUAUGCUGGCUCGCAGUGAACAGCGGCUGAUAGAUCUCAGUGCUGAACACGCCACAGCCCAUGCCUUCCCUUGUGAUGUGACAGAUACAGCCGCUCUGCAGGCAACCCUUGCAGAUGUUGUUAGGAAACUGGGCCCGCCGACAGUUGUUGUGCAUAACGCUGUCGGUGGCGCGUUUGGUAGUUUCAUGGAUAUUGAUCCUGAAGUGCUUAAUCAGAAUUUCCAGGUCAACACCAUGGCGCUUCUGCAUCUUGCGCGGCUGGUGGCGCCAGCGAUGGUGGCGGCGGGAGAGGGAGCCAUUGUUGUGACGGGCAACACGUCCGCUUACAGGGGGCUUGCUAACUUUGCCGGCUUUGCCCCGAGCAAAGCGGCCCAGCGCGUUCUGGCUGAAGCCAUAGCGCGUGACCUUGGCCCUAAGGGUGUGCAUGUCAGUUAUGUCGCCAUUGAUGCGGUGAUUGAUCUGCCGUGGACACGCAAGUUAUAUAAAGGCAAGCCUGAUGAGUUUUUCUGUAAACCUAUGGAUAUCGCUGCGGAGUGUUAUCGCAUGGCGCUGCAGCCGCGUGUGGUGUUCACCGUUGCCAGCAUAGUGAUGGCGAUCAGCAUUCUUGCGAUCCUGUUAUUGAUCGCCACUGCCAGAACACCUGAACAACUGUCGCGGGUUGCCACCGAUACUGCUUAUCUGGAAGAGGCAGCAAAUUCAAUUGCCCGUGGCAUUGAAGUGGGUAUUGCCCAACAUCAGGCUCUAGGGUCAGAUGUGCAACGGCUUGAUAACGCAUUGCAGCAGGGCAGUGACUCGCUUGCUCGUGCCCUUAACCAAACGUAUCAGCCGGUUGGCGUGCUCGCUCAGGCGCGCUGGUAUGUAAUUGACUGGCUGAAUCUCAUUGACGCCGGAGCCGGUCAGUUGAGCGCUGCAACUCUGGUGCUUGAUCAAAGCGAUCAGCUGCUGCAAUCCGUACAACAGCUGCGAGACGAAUUUGUAGCUUAUGGCGCAAACCAACAGGAACUGUUAGCCGCUGAAGCCGCUUACGCGACGCUGGCCAAUACGGCCGUUGGCGAGCUUCGAGAAAAAGGUGAUCAGAAUCGGGCGGAUAGCGUCUAUGUGAAUACCGAACAGGUGAAAACCCUACUGGCCAAUGGUCGAGUUGAAGACCUGAAUGGCGUGCUCACAUUGGUUGAUCAGCUGGAAGAAGUAGAAGCCAGUCUGGCGACCGAUCAGCGGGGUAACCUUCGUUCGCUGAUAAAUACUACCUACACAAUGAUUUCGCUACGCAGAGCGAUGAAUCAGGCCAUUGACGCCAUGCAGCAGGAUCUUGUGCUGUCUCAUCUGGAACAACUCAGCGAUACAACCACCAACGAUCAGCUCUAUGUGCUAAAUGCAGUCAACGAUGCUCGGGUAUUGCUCAAUGUUUACACCGUGUUGAUGCUUGCAGUUCUGGGCUUUUUUGGCCUACGCCUGGCAGCCAGUCACAGAGCGCUGAAUCGAUCCCAUGACGAUCUCGAAGUGAGGGUAGUCGAGCGUACCGCUGACCUGGCCCGUGCCAAUGAGAAUCUCCAGGAAAGUCAGGUGCAGCUGGUCCAGGCUGAGAAAAUGUCGAGUCUUGGUCAGCUGGUGGCUGGAGUGAUGCACGAAAUUAAUACACCCCUGCUGUAUGUGCUGAACAACACGUCAGUCACUGCCGAAGCGGUGGAAGACCUGGCUAAAUAUGUUGAGGCAACCAAGCCAAUUCUUGCAGCGCAGUCUUCAGAAGAAGGUAAGCAGGCAAUCAAGGCGCUGUUGUCACGGCGUAAUGAAUUUGAUCUGGAUGAAAUAGACGAAAACAUGCAGGAGGUCGAAUCUCUUGCCCAGGACAGCAUUGAUGGGCUGAACCAGAUCAGUGACCUGGUGCAGAGUCUGAAAGAUUUCUCCCGCCUUGAUCGCGUUGCAGAUGACACGUUUGAUGUCCGCGAAGGCAUAGAAAAGACGCUGACAAUUACCCGCAACCUUCUUAAACAGGGUGUUGAGGUGCAGAAGAAUUUCAGCGACGUUCCGGAAAUUUAUUGUUCACCGUCGCGUCUGAAUCAGGUGUUUAUCAAUAUCAUCACCAAUGCGGUGCAGGCUAUGGAUGGUCGCGGUGUGCUGAAGAUCAGUACCUCGUACAACCAGACUACCAAGGGCGACAGUGUUGAGAUUGUCUUUGAAGAUACUGGUUGUGGUAUUCCUCAGGAGCACCUGACCAAAAUCAUGGAUCCAUUUUUUACCACCAAGCCGGUUGGCGAAGGUACCGGUCUCGGAUUGUCGAUUGUGCGGCAGAUUGUAGAGCAGCACGAAGGAGGCAGCCUGAUGAAUAGCGUUUCCGCGCAAGCGGCCACCGGAACACCUCCGGUCAUCAUGUUCAUAGAUGACGAACAGCGUGUGCUGAAAUCCAUGCGCGCAAUGUUCCGCAGAGAUUACGAUGUUCUGCUGGCCAACUCCGGGGCCGAAGCCCUGCAGUUGUUGGCAUCACACAAUGUUGAAGUGGUGGUAUCAGACCAGCGCAUGCCGGAAAUGACCGGCGUAGAGGUGCUGGCCGAAAUUAAACAACGAUCGCCGGAAACAGUUCGAAUUCUGCUUACAGGCUAUGCCGACCUUGCAGCGGUGGAAGCUUCAAUCAAUGAAGCGGAAGUAUUCAGGUAUCUGAUGAAACCCUGUCCAGCAGACGAAGUGCGUGGCGCUGUACAGGCCGCUUUGGAUUUGCGUAAUGGUGCCGGGUCGGCCUCGCCGCUGGGUGAGAACGACAUUGUUUAUGUUGAAGACGAUGAAAGACCGGUCAGCAACGUGACGCCGAUUAACGCCAAAAGCAAAGCGGCGAUAGCGGCGCCUGAGAAACCCGCUGCUUCGCCUGCCGUCGCCGUUGAUAUUCUUGUUUUCAGUGAAGAUACAGCCCUGUUCAAAGGCAUCGCGGCCGCCAGUCCAAACCACCGGGUCCAUCAGGCUAAAAGUCAGACCCAGGUGCUGGGCAUGGUGCAGGAGCAUCCCAUCGGUGUGCUGGUUACAGAUGUUGGCGUUGAUGAAAAGGGUGUGGCGCAGCUGAGCCAGGCCGUGCGCGAGGUCACGCCGGAGAUUGUCAUCAUUCUCGCCAGUGAACGUUCGGAUGCAAAUCUUCUGAUACAGCUGAUAAAUUCAGGCCCCGGGCAGGUGCUAUCCGACCUGCCUGAGAUUCCCAGGUUUACGCUCACAACCGUAUCUGAUGUCACCGAGACAACCUGGAUUCAACGUGCUGAACAGGCUUACGCUGCGGGUCGGAUCACUCGACCAGAAGGUGAUAGCGCAUUGUUCUUCUACCAGAAAAUGCUGGCUCGAGACGCUGAAAAUUUGUCCGCGCUGGCAGGUAUCGAACGUAUUACCAGCUAUCUGAUUAAUGCCGCUGAAUCAGCGCUGUUGAAAGAGGAUUGGUCAGCUGCUGCAGACUGGGCCGCUCAAACACUAGCGAUUGAUGCAAACAACCUGGCUGCACGCUCAGUUGUUACCCGGGUAGAGCGUUUUGAACGGAUCAAAUGGCUGGGUGAUCGCGCAGUGGAUCAGAUUGCAGCCGGCAAUCUGACUAAACCUGAAGGCAACAAUGCGCUGGCAUCUUAUCGAGAAAUGCUCAGCAUGGAUCCCGCCAGCAUCGUUGCACAACAGGGCAUUGAGUCGGUUGCCCAACGUCUGGCCACUGUCGCUCAAACAGAAGCCUUUGCUGACAAUCAUGCGCGCGCCCGCGAGCUUAUUGCGCUGGCAAAAAGCAUUGCUCCAGAUGCCCCCGGUAUUGCGCAAACUGAGAAACUCACCUUGCAGUGGACUGAUAUGGUCAAAGAUCAGGCGGUCAAAGAAGACCUGCUUGCUGCUGCGAAGGCUAUGCAGGAGGGGCACCUCCUGGGUAUUCAUUCACCCACCGGGAUAGGUGCGCUUGAUCACUAUCAAUCAGUGUUGAAGAAAGACCCUAACUCCAGCGCCGCGCAGUCCGGGGUUAGCCUAGUGAUUGACGGGUUGUUGGAUCAGGCCUGGGCGCUCGCCCGCGAAGAGCGCCUUGCCGAGGCGGCUACGCUGGUCAGCCAGGCUGAGCAGGCAGGUGCAACUAAUUCCGAGUUACGUGGCAUAAAAUCGGAAUUGGAUUUCCUGCAGCGGCGGGCGACUGCCAGAGCGGGAAUUCACAGGGUGGUUGGGUCGAACUUCUGUUUACCGUGGAUGAAGAUGGCGGCGUGA